AUGAGUCGUAUUGUUGAUUUUUUCCAUAGAUUCAAUUCAGCCCACUUUUUAGAAAAAGCCGCAACGUGUCGCGAUACACGUAGAGUGAUCAAGCGUCUUGAAGUCACCGUCGUCGUGUUCGUCUUUUCGUGGUACAUGGCUAUUCUCGGGGUGAACGUUGGAUAUGCGCUUGGUUUGAGCGAAGAUGGCCUGUCUAUAUGGCAGUCAGCUAUGGUUUUCUUUGGUCUUCUUUGCUACAGUCAGACGUUCUUCGUAUGCUUAUGGCGCUCUGCGGAAUAUCGUGAAAGUUUCGUGGAGCAGCUCCAUAUUAUGCUUGGCCGUCGUUAUCAACGGAAACCUGGCACUGGCACUUCAUCAACAGCAAAAGUCGUCGUUCAACCGAUAACAAAAUCAUAG